UAUCACCUGUUGACUUACUACUACAAACGUAAUUUAUCAAGCGCGAACACUUCGUAAAGAGAAAAAAGUCAUUCUGAUUGUUUGUUUCAACUUUAUCAGACGUUUUUUCAACAAAAUUUUAAUUUUUUCACUAAAAUGUCUCCAAAAGUUCCUCUUGUAAAGCUCAAUAAUGGUCUUUUGAUGCCAGCUAUUGCUUUGGGAACAUGUCGAGCAAAAGAUUCUGAAUGUGAACAAGCUGUAAAAGAUGCAAUUGACGCUGGUUAUCGUCAUUUUGACACAGCUCACAUUUACAGCAAUGAAAUCCCGGUUGGUAAAGCAAUUCGUGAUAAAAUUGCCGAAGGAGUUGUUACUCGUGAAGAAAUUUUCAUUACCACGAAACUUUGGUGCACUUUUUUCAAUACCGAAGCUGUCGUUGCUGCUUGUGAACGUUCUCUUGAGAAAUUAGGACUUGGUUACAUCGAUUUGUACUUGAUGCAUACCCCAAUGUCCUUACCUUUGGAUGAAACUCAGGCAGCUUUUCCUAAAAACGCUGACGGAACAGCGGCAAUGCUUGAUUUGGAUUACUUGGAAACUUAUAAAAAGAUGCAAGAAUGUGUUGAUAAAGGUUUGGUCAAAAGUUUAGGGGUCAGUAACUUCAACAGUGAGCAACUAAAAAGAGUUUAUGAUAAUGCCCGGAUCAAACCUGUAUGCAAUCAAGUUGAAUGCUCACCAAAUAUCAAUCAGAAGAAGUUACUUGCCUUUUGUAAGUCUUUGGAUGUAGUUUUAACCGCAUAUUGUCCUCUUGGAUGUCACAAUUGGGAAAAGAAGACUCCUAAAUUCAUGUACGAUGAAAAAGUCGCCGAUAUUGGAAAGAAAUAUGGAAAAACUGUGGCUCAAGUUGCCCUUCGAUAUCUUAUCCAAUUAGGAGCUGUUCCUUUACCAAAAUCUUCUAACAAAACCCGAAUCAAUGAAAACUUGAACGUCUUUGACUUUGAACUGACUCCCGAGGAAAUGUCCUUUAUGGAUACUUUCAAUACUGGCGAACGAGUUUGUGGUUUUCGUGAUUAUGUAAAACAUAAAAAUUACCCUUUCCAUAUCGAAUAUUGAAAAAAUUGAAAAUAAAUUUGAAAUUUAAUAUCGAGGCACUCAUACUAAUGCAUUUUGUGUUAUGUAAUAAAG